AUGGCACAACCUGCCCUCCCUGCCCUCAAGAAGCUGGGACACGAUGACUACGGCGUGGCCAUCAUCUGUCCCUUGGAGGUGGAAGUAAGUGCGGUGAGAUACAUGCUGAACGAAGAACACGCUCGGCUGCCGAACAAAGAGGGAGACUCAAACCGCUACAUCUGUGGUCGCAUGAGUGGCCACAACGUGGUAAUCGGGUUCCUCCCGGAAGGCUCACAAGGAGCCACGCUGCGUCUGCUGGUGGGGAUCGGAGGGGGCGUGCCGAGCGUGCAGAACGACGUUCGGCUGGGAGACGUGGUGGUCAGCAUGCCCUCGGGAGGGCAUGGGGGUGUGGUGCAGUAUGAUUUGGGCAAGGAGACCCCCACGGGCUUCGAGCGCAAAGGGUUUCUGGAGCCUCCGCCCACCAGCUGGCGAACCUGUGUGGUCGAUAUGAAGUCAGCCCAUCGCACCAAGGCCAACCAGAUUUCGACAUUUUUGGACGACAUGAUUAGGAAAUAUCCAGGACUUGACGAGUACCGUCGUCUAACCACCGCAAAAGAUGUCCUCUUUCUGCCCACCAACAAGCACGCAUCAGGUGAAACCACCUGUCAGAAAUGUGAUCACAGCCAAGUGGUGGAGAGGCCGCCUCGGGCAAGGGACACGCCGACGAUCUUCUACGGCUUGAUUGCGUCAGGUAACCGAAUCGCCCAGGACGCCGGCGGAGCGCUGUGUUUUGAGAUGGAAGCGGCGGGCUUGAUGAAUGACUUUCGGUGCGUCGUGAUUCGAGGAAUCUCCGACUACGCCGACUCGCACAAGAACGAUGACUGGCAUGCCUACAGCGCGGCGGUGGCCGCCGGGUGUGCGAAAGAGCUGUUGACCUACAUGAAUUCUGUUGUGGGCUCUAACAGCACGAGUCGAAACGUGCACUGGACGAUCACUCGAGUGACCAAUCCUUACUUUACCGGUCGCGCAGAUAUUGUUACAGAGAUCACAGAAGUGGUGCAGAAUGCCCUGCAAGACGAUACGGGCAUGGACCAAUGUCGGAUCGUGGUCACUGGGAUGGGCGGGCAAGGCAAGAGUGAGAUCUGCCUGCAUGUGGCUGACCGGGUGCGCUCAUCAUUUUGGGGCGUGUUCUGGGUCGACGUGGAUAAGGUGGCGUUGGCAGAAAGCGGCUUCAGGGCUAUUGGCAGUCGACUGAAUCUCCCUGCGCCCAGCAUCGAUGAUGUGCGUCAAAGUCUGGCCAACAUCAAACAUCGAUGGCUUCUCAUUCUUGAUAAUGCUGACGCCAGAGACGUCGACUACCAACAAUACUUUCCGACCGGCUGCACCGGCGUAAUCGUCCUCACAUCUCGCAACAGUAAGUGCCACCAAUAUGCCACGAGGAAAUCAAUCACCUUGGAUGGACUUCUCCCGCAUGAUGCCAGCAACCUAUUUCUGCAAGCGGCCCAAAUCCCUCGAUCCCAACACGAAGCCUGCAAGCAGGAUGCGGAUUUUGUCGCGACAUCUCUGCUGAAAGGUCAUCCCCUGGCGCUGAUCCAGGCGGGCGCCUACGUGUCACGCGGUCACUGCUCCAUCGCGGCCUACCCCUCGGUCUUCCACCGGCAACGCAAACGGCUGCUCUCGUUUCGGCCUGAACAGGCACAAUCGCGGUACGGCGACGUCUAUGCCACGUUCGAAGCCUCGGCCGACGUCCUCCAGUCGUCACACAAGGAAGCCGCCAGCGACGCCUUGCAACUCCUGCCUGUGCUCGCCAUGCUCGCUUCGACUCCGCUGCCACUAUCUCUGUUCGAAGUUGUUUGGGAAGUUAUGUGGCAUGUUUCGCAGUUGCUGCCACUGCUGGAAGCUGAUGGAGGGGCAUGGGACUCUUUUCGCUUGGUCGAGGCCGUACGUCUCCUCGAAGUAUACUCGCUCGUGGUCGUCAACGGCGCCGGGGACACCAUGAGCGUCUCCAUGCAUGCGCUGACACAUGCUUGGGCCAAAGACCGCCAGGAACCGAAGCUGCAACGCCAGUCGUGGCUGAGGACAGGAUGCGUAAUCGCCGUAACUACUGAGGGGUGGUUGAGUGCGAGGCGGUCGUUCUGGCAGGAGCGACAAACACAACUGCGGCCUCACCUCCAGGCGCUAGUGUCCGUGGGGACGAGCGUAAUGUUCGACAAUGAGUUACAACUCAUGAUCGUCCGCAUCCUUCUUCGGUGUGGGUGGAUACUUAAUCUUCUACAGAUCGACACAGAGCUGUUUACACUGAUGCGGCAGCUGUUCAUAUGGUUGAAUCUGGAUGACUUGACUGUGACUGAGAAAUGGCUUCCUCUGUACGGCCUUUACGGUGAUUACUUAAAUCAAUGCACAAAAAGUAAAGCAGCAGUGACGGUCCUGGAGCAGGUGGUCACGAUUCGAGAGCAGACGCUGGCAGAAAACCAUCCAGAUCAACUAGAAUCACAGCAUGCACUAGCUAUAGCAUAUAAAGAUAAUGGUCAAGUUGAGAAGGCAAUGAAACUAUUAUAA